UGUGCUCCCAUUUAAAUUAUACAGUAUAAAAUCAAAUUGUCGGAUAUUUAAUUUUCAAUUGGAAUCCGUCUGUUAAGUCAUAGUGAAUUCGAAGGUUUCUGUGGAGUGUUUAGUGGUUUUGGUGGUGGGUCAAUUAAGGAUGCUUUGGAUUCUUGUGCCGUUGAUAUGUGCGCUUUUCACAUAUCUAUAUAUUAUUAAACCGCACAGUUACUGGAAAAGUAUAGGUGUGAAACAGAGCAAGCCUGUUUUCUUUUUUGGGGACAACUGGGGCACAGCUUCUCACACAGAAAGCUUCGCGGAAUUGAUGUCCAAUGUUUAUAACAUGUUUCCAGAUACUAGAUAUUCAGGAUUUUACCAAUUUUUAUUACCGACCCUUGUGUUAAGAGACCCAGAUCUAAUAAAACAAAUAACAGUUAAAGACUUUGACCAUUUCACUGAUCACAGUACAACGGUUCCUGGAGAGCCUAUGUUAAGCAAAAAUUUAUUUACAUUAAAGGGUCAAGAAUGGAAGGAUAUGAGAGCGACAUUAAGUCCUUCUUUCACGAGUAGUAAGAUGAAAGGUAUGUUUACCUUGAUCUCUGAUUGUGCCAACAAUUUCGUUGAGUAUUUUAAACAAAUAAAUAAAAAUACUAUCACAAUUGAAAUGAGGGACACAUUUACCAGAUUCACUAAUGAUGCAAUUGCAACCACAGCUUUUGGUAUUAAAGUUGAUUCUUUGAAAGACAGAAAUAACCAGUUUUAUGUUAUGGGGAAAGAAAUUACCAGCUUCACUAGUUUUUGGAAAAAUUUCAAGUUCUUUGGAUAUUAUGCCUGUCCACGUUUAUUCUCUCUAUUGAAAGUUAGAAUCUUUAGUACAGAAGUCUCUUCGUUUUUCAAAAAUUUAAUCAUGUCAAAUAUAAAAACAAGGGAAGAAAAAGGGAUUGUGCGUCAAGAUAUGAUAAACAUUUUAAUGGAAGCCAGGAAAGGUUUACUCAAAUAUGAAGAAACCAGUGAGGAUAUUGACACCGGUUUUGCAACAGCUGAGGAAUCUAAAAUUGGCAAAUCAAAGAAAAAUAUCCAUCUUGACGAUGACGAUGUGACCGCUCAUGCCUUAAUUUUCUUUUUUGCUGGUUUCGAUUCUGUGUCCACUUUGAUGUGCUUUAUGGGUUAUGAAUUAGGUGUGAAUCAAGAAGUUCAGGAUAAACUUAGGGAGGAAAUAAAUCAAACGCUGGAAGAUUGCGGGGGAAAAUUAACGUAUGAGGCGUUAAUGAAAAUGAAAUACAUGGACAUGGUUUUAUCAGAGUGUUUAAGAAAGUGGCCAAGUGCAGUGGGUAUAGAUAGAGUUUGUACUAAACCUUAUACAAUAACCCCAGUAUUACCUGGCGAAAAACCGGUAUAUCUAAAGAAAAACGAUGUACUCAUGUUACCAUUUUUCGCCAUUCAUAGAGAUCCCAAAUAUUAUCCAGACCCAGAAAAAUUUGACCCAGAAAGAUUCAGUGACGAAAACAAAGGGAAUAUAAAACCAUAUACUUAUUUACCUUUUGGAACUGGACCAAGGAAUUGCAUUGGUUCAAGAUUUGCUAUUAUGGAGACCAAGGCUUUGUUCUUCCACAUUUUGGCCAAUUUCAAAAUUGUACCAGUCGAAAAGUCGGUCAUUCCAUUGAAGAUUUGUAAAAAAAGUAUUAAUUUGACUUGUGAAAAUGGAUUUUGGUUUGGUCUUCAGAAAAUCUAAUACAAUCGGUUGAUUUAUAAACAAUAUUAAAUUGCUUUAUACGUAAUAAUUAAUAUAUGUUGGAUAUAUUAAUAUUUUAUAUUAAUAUUUAUGUGUCAUGUUGUUUCUGUUUGUAAUUUUAUUGAAUAAAUACGUAUGACAGCUAAAUAUAA